GGGUCUCGGGUGAAUCUCCUGCCCUAGCUCUCUUCUUUCAUAUUUUCCAAUUAGCAAAAAGUUGUUUUAAUCUUCCUUUACAAACAAUUUGUAAUUCAACAGAGAGUAAGACAGAUGGCAGCUCAUCCAAGAACCAGAGAUGAAAUCUUCAAAAGUUUUGUGGAAAAUCUGCAACUUGUUGUCGACAAAUUAACAGAGGAUGUGCCUUCUAGGGAUGCUGCAGAAUUUAAUUUGUCUGAAUAUUGGAUCAAAAUGGAGACUGUAUUCAAGGCAAUGUCGUUUGAGGCUACUAAACUAGCCAUGUGUUUUAGCAAACCACCUGUUCCCAGCCUCGAUGAAUGCCAAUCCUUACUUAGCUCUGUAGAGAUGAAGACUAUUGCAUUGGUGUCUCUAUACUAUGGACUUCCAAAAGAACAAGGGGUUGCAUUAAGAAAGUGUACAAGAAACAUGGUAGCUGGUGUCGUAGAGAGCAUCAAAGAACUUGCUGAGAGCAUCAAGAGGUCAGGUUACAAGAGCAGUGAUGAACAGUUGCAGUCUACAGGUGCAGUUUGGGAAUCAUGUGACAUCAUCCACUCAUCAGCAAAGAACAACAAGGAAGCUGUCUUGAAGGAACUCAAAGCUACGUCAGGGCUUGUCAAGGAUGCUGUCGAAGAGUUGAAUGAGGCCAAGGACACAAAUGGAAGCAGUGGAGGCUUUGAGUUUCUGUUGACCGGUGAAGAGCCUGGUAUGGAUGAAGAAGAUGAGGCCGUAUGGUCAGAUCAGGACAAAGCCGUCAUUCAUCCAGCCCUCGGCUUGGCCAGUGCAUGUAAAGCUUGUGUAAAGAAAGUCACAGAUGCUAUUAGUAGGAAUGCCAAGUAUGUGGAGAUGGUGCACAUAAAUGAGCUUGACGAGGUGGUGGAGAUAGCCGAUGAGAUCAGUCCUAAUCUAGAUGAGCUAGUAUCCUGUCUGUAUGCUCCCAUGAAUUACACAGUAGUACGGGCAAAUGCUACACUGAUGGCAGAGGUUUUACACAAGCUUCUUAACACGUUUCGAACAUCCCACAUGGUGACGACUGAUGACCCUAAGAUAGAUGACCGAAAGUGGAUGGACUUCUUAAUCAAGGCCAUUGACCACAACGUUGACCAGAUUAAGAAUAUUACCAAGGAAGAGAUCCCAAGAUGAUGAUAUUAUAAUGAAAGAAGAAACUAUUUAAAUAAUGGACAAUUUAUGAACAGGUAUAGAAUACAGA